AUGCUAAACAUCCUAAUAACUCACCUAAUUAACCCCCUAGCCUACAUUGUACCCGUUCUCCUAGCAGUAGCUUUCCUAACAUUAAUUGAACGAAAAGUACUAGGUUAUAUACAACUACGAAAAGGCCCUAACGUAGUAGGACCCUACGGACUACUACAACCCAUCGCCGAUGGAGUUAAACUCUUUAUUAAAGAACCAGUCCGCCCCUCCACAUCAUCCCCAUUCUUAUUCCUCGCCACCCCCAUACUCGCACUAACCCUAGCCAUAACCCUAUGAGCACCAAUACCCAUACCUCACCCCGUAACGGACCUCAACCUGGGAAUCCUAUUUAUCCUAGCCCUAUCAAGCCUAGCAGUAUACUCAAUCCUGGGGUCAGGAUGAGCAUCAAAUUCAAAAUACGCGCUAAUCGGGGCCCUACGGGCCGUAGCCCAAACAAUUUCAUAUGAAGUAAGUCUUGGGCUAAUCCUCCUUUCAGUAAUCAUCUUUUCAGGAGGUUAUACACUACAAACAUUCAACACCACCCAAGAAAGCAUCUGACUACUCGUACCCGCUUGACCCCUAGCCGCAAUAUGGUAUAUCUCAACACUAGCCGAAACAAACCGAGCACCAUUUGACCUAACAGAAGGAGAAUCCGAACUAGUCUCUGGCUUCAACGUAGAAUAUGCAGGAGGGCCCUUCGCCCUAUUCUUCCUAGCAGAAUAUGCCAAUAUUCUACUAAUAAACACACUAUCAGCCGUACUAUUCCUAGGAGCCUCACACAUCCCAAGCAUCCCUGAACUCACAACCAUUAACCUAAUAACCAAAGCUGCAUUAUUAUCAAUUUUAUUCCUAUGAGUACGAGCCUCUUAUCCACGAUUCCGAUAUGAUCAACUAAUGCACUUGGUCUGAAAAAACUUCCUCCCCCUCACACUAGCCUUCGUUCUAUGACACACCGCCCUACCAAUUGCACUAGCAGGACUCCCCCCACAACUAUAA